GGGUGUGGUGGGCAACUGGGGGGCAGGCUGUUGGUUUUAGGGGGCAGCUGAGGUUGUAUAUAUGUCAAAUGCCCAAAAGAGAUCAGUGGAGUUUCCCUGUAACUCACUGGCUGUAUCUAUCCAUCCAUCUCAUUCUUUGGUUCAAGACUUUAGUCCCCAAAACCAGCUAUGACUUUCUACAAACACUCAGGUCCCCGCAGCUAUAUGAGCUCCACUAUGACAGAUCGCUUUGACUGCUUUUACUGCAAAGAUAACCUGCAGGGUAAAAAAUACAUCAACAAAGAUGAUAAGCACGUGUGCGUGCGCUGCUUUGACAAACUCUGCGCCAACACCUGCGCUGAAUGUCGCAGACCUAUAGGCGUCGAUUCAAAGGAGCUGACUCACAAGAACCGCCACUGGCACGAGGGCUGCUUCCGUUGCGCCAAAUGCUCCAAGUCGCUGGCCAACGAGCAGUUUGCUGCCAGAGAUGAUGGAAAGGUCAUGUGUGAUAGAUGCGGAGCUCGCGAGGACUCAGCGCGAUGCCAGGCCUGCUACAAAUUGGUUUUGCCAAGUUCUAAGAAUGUGGAAUACAAGAAUAAAGUCUGGCACGAAGAGUGUUUCAUCUGCUUUGAAUGCAAGCAGCCCAUCCGCAGCAAGACCUUUUUGACUAAAGGUGAUGAUAUGUACUGCGGUCCCUGCCACGAGAAGAAGUUUGCCAAGAACUGUGCCCGCUGUAAAGAGCCCAUUACCUCAGGCGGGAUUAGCUAUCAGGAUAAGCCCUGGCACUCUGAAUGCUUUGUGUGCCACACAUGCAAGAAGCCUCUGGCUGGAGCUCGUUUCACUGCCCAUGAAGAUGAUUUCUACUGUGUGAACUGCUAUAAGGCUGAUGUGGCCAAAAAGUGCUCUGGAUGUCAGAAUCCCAUUACAGGGUUUGGGAAAGGGACCAACGUGGUGAACUACGAAGACAAGUCCUGGCAUGAAUACUGCUUUAACUGCAAAAAAUGCUCUCUGUCCCUGGCAAACAAGCGCUUUGUCAUCAAAGAAGAGCACAUCUACUGCACUGACUGCGCCAAAAAACUGUGAUGGCCUAAAUGAAAGAUUAAUAAUGCAACGAACGAAAUUAAGAUCGAAAAAGGCAUCAAAAUUUAGUAUAGCUUUGAGUGUUUAACUAAACAGAAGAUCAGUGAUAUUGUUGUGAAUAAAUCACUGUAGGAAACUAUUUUGUAAAAAACUGAUGAGUACAACUAUCAUAAACAUAUUAGCAGUUUUUGCAAAGCUUUGGUGAAAUUGUAAACUGAUGUAAUGGAAAUACAAUGAGCAUUGCUUUUAAAAAUAUUUUAGUAUAGCUUCAUGAUGCUUUGUUAAGUAUAUCUUUUAAUUUGUGCCUUGCUUGUAGUGAUCAACCGAUGUUUUUCUUUUUUUAAGGACUGAUUUUUUUUAAGGAAGCAAUGUGGCCAAUUGGCUGCUAUAACACAAUUUUGUAACAAUGAUUUAUCGGUCAAUUGCAGCAAUUAAAAAUUAAAAUAUCUGCCGAUACAUCGGGGCACUGCAAUAUAUCGGUCUAUCACUACUUGUUAGGUUCUUUGAAUUGUUGACAUUAACAUGUUAGUUUUAAAUCCUCAAUAUUAAAUCUUACAUUUAAGCAGUGUGAUAGAUUGAAAAUAAAAUAUCCUGCCAAUAAAUCCGCAACAUGUACACUUAUUAAGUAAAGUAAUAAAUGACUGCAAACAACAA